CGGAGCUGCAGCGUCUCUGUGUUUCUGACUGAAGAAAUAUUAAAGUGAGACUGUGUGCUCUUUUCACAGCAGCUGACUGAGGAACUGCUGAGAUACUGUGUGCAGAUAUGGCUUCUGUCAGCUGUCUGCUGUCUGAAGAUCAGUUUCGGUGCUCCAUCUGUCUGGAUGUCUUCACUGAUCCUGUCAGCACACCAUGUGGACACAACUUCUGCAAGAACUGCAUCACUCGACACUGGAACACUGCUGACAGGUGUCAGUGUCCUUUGUGUAAAGAGACUUUUACCACAAGACCUUACCUAAGGGUCAACGCUUUGUUCUCUGAGAUGGUCGCUCAGUUCAGACAGUCAGUUCAACAAAAAGCCAGAAGCAGUGUCUUCAUUGGCAAACCAGGAGAAGUUCCCUGUGACGUCUGCACUGGAACCAAACUGAAGGCCCUGAAGUCCUGCCUGGUGUGUCUGACCUCCUACUGUGAGACUCACCUGGAGCCUCAUCUGACAAUGCCAGGACUAAAGAGACAUCAGCUGAUCGACCCUGUGGAGAACCUGGAAUAUAGGAUAUGUACGAAGCACGAUAAACCUCUGGAGCUGUUCUGUAAGACCGACCAGACAUGUGUCUGCACACACUGUCCUGCUUUAGAUCACAAGACACAUGAGUUUGUUCCUCUGAAAGAAGAAUAUGAGGUAAAGAAGGUGGAGCUGGAGAAGACAGAAGCCGACUUUCAGCAGAUGAUCCAGAAAAGACAAAUGAAGAUCCAGGAGAUCAAAAAGUCAAUGAAGUGUUGUAAGGAAAAUGCACACUUAGAGGUCGCAGAAGGCGUUCAGGUCUUCACUGAUAUAAAGAAGUCUGUUGAGAGAGGCCUGAACGAGCUCAUCAAAAUAAUAGAAGAAAAGCAGAGAACGACACAGAAACUGGCUGAAGGAUUCAUCAAAGAGCUGGAACAGGAAAUCUCUGAGCUGAAGAAGAGAAGCUCUGAGGUGGAGCAGCUCUCACGCUCUGAAGACCACCUCCAACUACUCCAAUGCUUCCACUUCCUGAAAACCCCUCCACCCACAAAAGACUGGACAGGGGUCAGUGUCCGUCCACCGUCAUAUGAGGGGACUGUGGAGAGAGCUUUGGUUCAGCUGGAGGAGACACUCAGUCAACAGAUGAAGAAGCUGCUCACUGAGUCUGAGCUGAAGAGGGUCCAGAAGUAUGCAGUGGAUGUGACUCUUGAUCCUCAUACAGCACAUCCUGAACUCAUCUUGUCUCAUCAUGGGAAACAAGUGAAACACGGUGAUGUGAAGAAAAAUCUCCCAGACAACCCAAAGAGAUUUUCUCAUUAUAAUUUUGUUUUAGGAAAACAGAGUUUCUCUUCAGGCAGAUUUUACUUUGAGGUUCAGGUUAAAGGAAAGACUAAAUGGAAUUUAGGAGUGGCCAGAGAGUCGAUCUACAGGAAGGGAGUCAUCAAAAUGACACCCGAGGAAGGUUACUGGACUAUAUGGUUGAGAAAUGGAAACGAGUACAAAGCUUUCACUGACCCAUCAGUGCAUCUCUCUCUUCAGUCUCGGCCUCAGAAGGUGGGGGUGUUUGUGGAUUAUGAGGAGGGUCUGGUCUCCUUUUAUGACGUAGAUGCUGCAGCUCUCAUCUACUCCUUCACUGGCUGCUCCUUCACUGAGAAACUCUUCCCAUUCUUCAGUCCUUGUAAGAAUGAUGGCGGUGAAAACUCUGCGCCUCUGAUCAUAUCUCCUGUCAAUCGAACUGCUUGAUCUUUUUGCAAGAUCAGCAAAUUAUUGAACAAUGAAGCAUUGCCAACAAUCCAAAUACUCAUUAAAUAAUAUCUAAAUUUUAUGUCGACAAUGUAAAUACUAUAUAUAAGACAAGAUUUUCACACUGCAGUACUGACUAGGAUUAAAACAUUAACUGAAAGAAUUCAGAGUGUGUCACAUGUGUAAAGGUUGGAUUUGUUUUUAUUUGUAAGGCUCCAUAAAGAGGAACUAUAUUUACUAUAUUUACUGGUACAUGUUAUGUAAUGAUAAUGAACAUUGCUUUUAGUAUUUCAGUUACUGGUCCAUGGAUGUAGUUGCGCUGAUUUACACUUAGUUUGCCUUUUGAGAUCUUACUUUUUGCUGUGGAUACAUACAGAAAUUGUGUCAAUAAACCGUUUUUCAGCUGAACAGUGUCAGUAUUUAACAAUAGUUAACAACGUGUCCUCACAACAAAAAUACAGUUAUUAAACCAGAAAAAAGUGGUCUGCUCGGUUUAAAUUGGCAAAACAACAAUGUUGGUUUUAAAAGACAAAUUAAUUCUGUCUUGAAUAUUUUUGCAAUUUGUACUAUUUUACAUUCUGACUUCUUUGAUUUGAUUCUGUCAGUAUUUGAUGUUAUUAUUUUGAUGUUUUAUGUAAAUCACUUUUGAUCACUUUUGGCCUGUGUUUCUCCACAACGCUGAUCGAUGAAACUCUUCCACGUUUCGUCAGCCGUCCAUCAAUCCAUCAUGACAAACGCGGAAACACUGAUGAAUCUAUCUGAUGUGAGAGUGUAGCCAUUACAUUUGUGUUACUCUGCAUAGAAACAUUUUAUUUUUCAUUGUGCUGAAACUUUAACAUACAGAAUAAAUGCAUUGUGUUUUUCAGUUA